AUAUAGAUCGUGGCCGUCGGAUGGAGACCCUAGGGCCUCUAUAAGGGUUUUGAUAGAUCGCAGAAACAUUCGUAGGGAAGGAUAUAAGGCAAGGGUUUGCUUGUCUUGUCUCUUGAAAUUUAGGGGUUUGUAGGGUUUUCUGCAAAUUGUUCGUUGUAGAAAUGGCGGAGAAACAGUCUGGAACGGUGAAAUGGUUUAACACGCAGAAGGGUUACGGAUUCAUUACACCUGAUGGCGGCGGUGAAGAUCUGUUUGUUCACCAGUCGUCCCUUCAUGCCGACGGCUUUCGCAGCUUGGCCGAGGGUGAAUUGGUGGAAUUUGCUGUGGAGCAAAGCAACGACGGCCGUACCAAAGCCGUAGAUGUUACUGGCCCUAAUGGAGCAUAUGUUCAGGGUAGCAGUGACGGCGGCGGCGGUGGCGGCGGCAGCUAUGGUGGCGGCGGCAGCUAUGGUGGUGGUGGUAGUUAUGGCGGCGGUGGACGCGGGGGCGGGGGUUAUGGUGGUGGUAAUGGCGGGGGUUAUGGUAGUGGUGGUGGGGGCUAUGGAGGCGGGGGUUAUGGUAGUGGUGGUGGUGGCUAUGGAGGUGGGGGUUAUGGCGGUGGAGGCCGUGGUAGCCGUGGUGGCGGCGGCGGCGGCGGCGGUGGCGCUUGUUAUAACUGUGGCGAAUCCGGUCACAUGGCGAGGGAAUGUCCUCAGCAACGUGGCGGUGGUGGCGGCGGUGGAGGCGGAGGGGCCUGUUACAAGUGCGGCGAGCACGGUCAUAUGGCGCGUGACUGCACCAGCGGCUGAAUGUUAAGCGUAUGAUCACAUGGAGGAUAUGUUUUUGGUGUUUGCGGUCUAGUUGUACUCCUCCUCCAAUUUCCUCGCAAGCACUGCUGUUUUGAAAAGUUUUUGUUCGCUUCCUUCGUUGCUAUAAACGAUAGAUAUUAUUCCUGAUGGAAGGAAGCUUUGCGCUGUUUGUUGUUUCGUAGUUUAUUUUGAUAUUGUAUGGGGUGACUGGACUGUACACGUGGCCAGAAUUUUGAGCACCCUUGGGUUGUGCCCUUUGAGAGAGGGGACACGUCAGCUCCAAGUCAAGGUCGUGGGUAUGUGGUAGUAAGCUAUAAUGGUCUUUUGGGGAAAGUAUGUUUUAAUGAUGUUUCUGGGUUAUCGCUAAUAAAUAAUGAUACUGAAUGUUUUUGGCAGUAAA